GCACUGCAACAGUGAACGUUCGUGCCAUAAUGUAUUUCUUAGGCAAAUGCCAUGAUUAAGAGCCCCCUAUAUAUACUCCCUCUUCCUUUUGUGGCUACCCUGCGAUUAAACGUUCGUUGGAGUUCGCGUCAGCUCCAGCCAUGGCAGAGAAGGUAUCCACGUUGAUCAUUGAAGCCAACCUCGAAUGCGAGAAAUGCUACAGGAAGAUUCAGAAAGUGCUAUCCAAACUCCAAGAGAAGGAGAAGAUCAGGACCAUCAACUUCGACACGAAGAAGAACACGGUGACCCUCUCCGGCCCGUUCGACGCGGCGAAGCUGUCGAAGAAGCUGCGAUGCAAGGCCUGCAAGGCGAUCAAGGACAUCAAGAUCGGCGAAGAGAAAAGGCCCGACGCCAAGAAGCCGGAGGAGAAGAAGCCGGAGGAGAAGAAACCCGAGGAGAAGAAGCCGCCGGCCGAUGGCUGCAAGUGCUGCUGCAAGAAACCCGACGAGAAGAAGCCGGAUGAGAAGAAGAAGCCCGACGAGAAGAAGCCGGAGGAGAAGAAGAAGCCCGACGAGAAGAAGCCGGAGGAGAAGAAGAAGCCCGACGAGAAGAAGCCGGAGGAGAAGCCGAAGGCCAAGGAGGAGCCCAAACCGGCCGCGCCGUCGACGACGGUGAACCUGCAGUUCACGCAGAUGUGCAAUCUCUGCUACCCGUGGCCGUGCAGCGACCCGAGCCACUGGGGCGGCGUGCACCAGUACCCGCACCCGCACCCGCACCCGCAGUGGCCGUGCGAGCCGCCGCAGAUGCCGGCGUACCCCGCCCCCCACCACCCUCAGCACCCGCCAUGGGCGGCACCGCCGACCCCGAAGAGGCAGCCGUGCGGAGGCCCGGCGUACUGCGGAGGCGGGUGCGGCUCGUGCGGCGGCGGUGGCGGCGGCGGCGGCGCAUACGGGGGGUGGCCGCCGGCGAUGCCGACGCCGCUGCAGAUGAUGCAGCCCCCGCCGAUGGGCUGCGGCGGUCCGGCGUCGUCGUGCAGAGGGUGCAAGGGCUGCCGGAUCGUGCAGGAGGGGAGGUUCAUCUACGAGGAGUACCCGCCCAAUGCGUGCACCGUCAUGUGAUUCUCAAGCCGGCAACCGCGCGUGCAUGCAUGGCAUGGCAUGGCAGUUCGACCACCUCUCCGCAUGUUGUUUUUCGUGGUAAUUGGACCGACGUUCCAUAUUUGCCCUGUAUGUUUCGUGCACAGUAGUGCGUUUUGUUUAUGUCUAUCCGCAGCAAAGAAGGUGUAGCUGCCACGUACAUUUUUCGGUGUGAAAAUAUAUAUCCUCUCCAAACAAAUGAGGUAGCUUUGUAUAGAUAAUUUCAAUUUUUGGGGCACUAAAAGUUUGAAAAUA